GCGAGCGCCAGGCGUCACUCGGCCAACAGCCGCAGCCCAGACCAGCCGCACGCGACAGGCUAGACACGCUCAGGAGUGCCGCCACGGUAGCCUGAGUCAAGACGCCCCACCAAGAGUCUGAAGUGUCUUCGGAGACAAGUUUCGCCUCGACUUGCUUCUCCUUCGUCGUGGAGUGUCGGCCGCCCCUUGACAGCCCGACGACAAGAGCCUGCCUGCGGUUCCCCUCACGCGAACGCCUCGCCUAAAAGAAAGUCCCUCUACCUACGCCCGCAACUCCUCCCGCCUCCCCCCUCUUGACCCCCGCGAAGACAGCAACAACAGGACCCCGUUUCCCGCCGCCCCUUGACCCGGCCAGCAAGUGUCCACCCGACGAGCAGAGCGUGGCGAGUGAGCAAGCACAGCGAGUUGCGAGUUCGUGACCUGGACAGCCCGCAUCUGGGUCAUCAUCAGCCGUCAUCCCGCCCCCACAGCGCCAGCAUCCCUCAGUGCACCUCGCCGCGGCAGAGGUGGCAGAGGAUCAGCCCAGCGCUCGUGAGCCUUCUCCGUCGACUCCCCGAGGGUGAGUGUGAGGCCAGGCGACCUCCAGCCGGCCAGCACAGCACGGCGACUCUCGUGACGCGGCCAACUUUCACGUGACGCAACGCCUGAGUUUCGUCACGGGGACAACGCCGUGGCUGCCUCUUAUACCCGGUCUCGCAGGACAACCAGUCACUGCAGUGCCCAGCCGUCGGAGAACACCGUCGUGCCACGCCUCCUCCGCCCCCGCUGCCGUCGCCGCGCGCUCAAGCAACACGCUGCAUCUUGCCAAGUCCUGCAGGAAAGUGAAAGUGACGAGCGGACCGGCCAGCCCACCCCUUCUUCUUCUUCUUCUUCUUCUACUUCUGCAUCAGAGGAAAGUGUCGCGCCCCUGUCCAGUGUGAGUCCUCCUCCAGACGCGAGGACAAGUGCAACCAGUGUGAACGUGAGGAAAGAACGUCCCUACCUUCCCUGUGAGUGCCGCUUGGCUGGCACCGGUAGCCUCAAGUGCCGUAAUUCAUCGUGAAGUGUAAAUAGAAAGUGUUUCUGGCGCCGCAGCCCUGCGGAUAACCGCGUCGCCAGUGUGAGUGUGAGCAGUGCCGAGAGUGGAGGGUGCCUUGAGAAGGAAGUUGUGUUCCAGUGCCAAGUGAGUUGAGUCGUGUUUUCAGUGUGCCUGUGAUAUAAAGUGUGAUAAAAUGCCUGGUUACCACGGAACGAAAGUGUCUUUCCACCCGGAGUACCACAUGCUGCAUCCCCGCGCGAAGGAGAUGCUGGCCCGCCAGCACGGCCACCCUAACCCCACCGGCCACCCCAUGUUCGACGCCCUCAAGUCGAAGCAUGCUCAGGAGAAGGCUGAGUACAUGCGCAUGCUGAAGGGCGCUCGGCGGAUGGGCGGCGACGCUGCCUACCCGACCUUCGACAGCCUGAAGCUGCUGGGCGCCGAGAACGACGCCAACUACUUGGACCGCUUCAUGAGCGAGGGCGAGCGCCGCCCCCGCAGCGGCUCCCACGGCCAGAAGUACGGCAGCAAGCGCAACAGCGUCAACGUGGACAACAUCAAGAAGACCCUGAUCGGGAGCCUGCGCUCGGCGGCCAGCGACGACAACAUCUACGAGACUCUGGAGGUGAUCAACUACAGGAAGACGGUGGAGGCCAUCAGCCGCAAUAACAAGGUGCGCUCCGUGCCCAAGACGGGCCACCCGCUGUUCGACCACCUCCGCGUCGAGAACGUGCUCAAGCCCCGCCGCCCACAGCACCACCACCGCCACAGCGACGGCAGCAACUCGCCCAGCUCCGGCUCCGGCGACGACGAGUUCGAGUACGUGAAGAAGCCCAACUGCCGCUUCUCGCGGCGGGAGGUGCUCCUGGGGGCGACGCCGCACAAGCACCAGCAGCGGGAGCCCAAGCAGCAGAAGUACCCCAGCAAGCACAUCCGCCACGUGAUCGAAGAGGGCUCCGAGUCGGAGGACGACUGGGCCAUCCCGAGGCCCAAGAUCUGCGAGGGCGCGCGCUCGCGACGCACCGGGGCCGGCCUCAUGACCCAGCUCUCGCAUGAGGAGUCCGACAGCUCAAGUAAGUCGACGGGCCUCCGGUGACGGCCAGGGCCAUCUUCCUUCGCACCGCCCACGCUGUAACGCCCUCAUACUUGAGAGCCUGCACUGCACGCCUUGCCUGGUGGCCCCGCGCCCCGCGGGCCGCACCCAUGGCACCCGCUCUUCCGUACCGGAGCCUGCAGGCCCGCGGCCCCGCCCUCAGCACGCCUGACUGAUGGCCGCGGGUCCUGCUUGAUCCUGUACUGCACCCAGCACGUGUGGCCCACUCGUUGGUCCACACUAGUCCUUUCUGCCUGUGGUGCGGCCCGCGGACCUCCCGGCCCAUCUCUCAGAGGGCCUCGGAUGGUGCCGCGCGGGCCACACCGGGCCGGGCUCUCUAGCCUUCACGUGCCUCCGGGUCACCUGUGAGGGCCAGCUGGCCAGCUAGUGUGUCAUGUGGGCUGGGACUUUAAUCAGCGGGC